ACAGAAACGUAUGCUGAGUGUUUUAACAAUUUGAGAACACACUUCGCAGAAAAUUCCAGGCAUAAUAAACCGAGUUCUGUGCGAAUAUUCUGUAAAUUUUGAAGUUUUGAUUAUUAUUGUUUGAUUGUUUUGUGAUUGAUUACUAGUCAAUAAAUUUUUAAAAAAGUUGAAAAAUGUUUAGCGGCGGUCCAGGAUAUUAUCCACAAGGAGAUCCAAAUCAACAAGGUUAUUAUGGACCUCCACCACCAGCUGGUUAUCCAGGACAACCUUAUCCACCACCUGGUGGCUAUCCACCACCAGGAGGAGGAUAUCCACCAGCAGGAGGAUAUCCACCAGCGGGUGGAUAUCCACCAGGACCACCACCUGCGGGUUUUGCACCACCUCCAGAAGGACCAGCAUUCGGUUACAAUCCACCACCGUCACAACCCUAUCCUCCACCAGCUGCAGGAACCACUGAAAAAUCAUAUAUAAACAGUGAUCAACGGACAAUGUAUGGUGGAACAUCUUCAUAUGAUGGCGCGGAUGCGGAAGGCAUGAAAAAUUUUGAUUUUGAUGAUAAAACAAUUCGUGCUGGAUUUAUACGAAAAGUUUAUUCGAUAUUAUCGUUACAAUUGUUAAUCAGUGUUGGAUUUAUUGCGUUUAUGUUAUACCAUGCACCCACAAGAACUUUUGUGCAAAAUAAUCCAUUUUUAUUGAUUAUUGCUAUCAUUGCAUUGAUUAUAACCAUAAUCGCUUUGGCAUGUUGUGGCGAAGUACGUCGCAAGGCCCCAGCAAAUUUCAUAUUGCUGGGAGUGUUUACUGUAGCCGAAUCGUUUAUGCUGGGUGUAACAUGUUCUUUAUACAAUAGUGAAGCGGUGUUGAUGGCAGUUGGUCUAACAGCUGUAAUAUGUAUUGCAUUGACAUUAUUUGCAUUCCAAACAAAAUGGGACUUCACUGUAAUGGGCGGUGGAUUGUUUGUUGCUGUGAUUGUACUUAUGAUUGUUGGUAUUAUUGCAAUGUUCUUACCUAAAAACAGUGUGAUACAUUUAAUAUAUGCUGGAUGUGGCGCAAUCCUCUUCUCAUUGUAUCUUAUUUACGAUACACAAUUAAUGAUGGGCGGAAAACAUAAGUAUUCAAUAUCACCAGAAGAAUAUAUCUUUGGAGCAUUAAAUCUCUACAUGGACAUCAUUAAUAUUUUCUUAUUCAUUUUGCAAAUAAUUGGUAAUCGAGAUUAAAGUAACACCACCAAUCAAGAAUGCAUCACUUUUCAUCAAUUGGCGCUUUUGUUUAUUUAUUCGAACCUAUUGUUAUUCGCAUAGGUUAAUAAAAUAUAAUUUAGAUCGAAUAAACAAAAACGUCUGAAUAUUAUCAUAGUGUUUCAAUUUAAAUGUGUCAUUUUUGUGAUAAUAUAAUCUCUUUAAAUUGCUUACACACGAUUUUCUUGUAAAUA